AUGACGGAUGGUGGCGAUACGGAUGUGGAUGGGGCGGUUGCGAUUGGACUGGGAGGAGAGGUGUUGGUCACAGAGAGGGAGAGGCUGGGAGAGGAGGAGUAUGAUUUGAGACAUCAUAGGCGCAUCACGGCCAGGAGAAAUUUCGAUAAAGUGAAUUUUGGGGAUUAUCAGAUGAGGACUUGGUACUUCUCUCCAUACCCCCUCACCGAAUCCGAAGCUGAGGAACAUACGCCCGCACCUUCUCAUCCUCCACCGGACGCGAACCGCAUUGCUGGGAACGUGCUCUGGGUGUGCGAUAGGUGCUUCAAGUACAUGUCGGAAGGAACAAGUUGGGAGAGUCAUAUGAGGAGGUGCAAUAUCAAUCACCCGCCGGGAAAGAAGGUGUACCAGAGAGGCGCGCAUAUUAUUUGGGAGGUCGAUGGUGCGAAGGAAAAGCUCUACUGCCAGAACCUGUCGCUUUUCGGGAAGCUAUUUAUUGAUAUUAAGACACUGUUCUUCGACUGCGAUAACUUUUUGUUCUACCUCCUGACGGACGCGGACUCUCAGAGAGACCACGUCCUUGGUUUCUUUUCAAAGGAGAAAGUGUCUUACGAUGACUACAAUCUAGCGUGCAUCGUCGUCUUUCCACAGUACCAACGUAAAGGCUACGGCAUGCUCAUGAUCGAAUUCAGCUACGAACUCUCCCGGCGAUCUGGCCGUGUGGGCACACCCGAACGUCCCCUCUCAGACCUCGGCCUCCGAAGCUACCUAACUUACUGGGUCUCCACCCUCCUCCGCUACCUCCAA